AUGGACAUCCGGCCCCUGACCUGCGCCGACCUCCCCCUGAUCCAGCACGCCAACCUCGAGAACCUCCCCGAGAACUACUUCCUCAAGUACUACCUGUACCACGCGCUGUCGUGGCCGCAGCUGAGCUACGUGGCCGUCGACGUCUCCCGCCCGUCCAGGGGCCCGUACGACUACCCCCGCAUCGUGGGCUACGUCCUGGCCAAGAUGGAGGAGGAGCCCGCCGACGGCAUCCCCCACGGCCACAUCACCAGCCUGAGCGUGAUGCGCACCCACCGCCGGCUCGGCAUCGCCGAGAAGCUCAUGCGACAGAGCCAGCUGGCCAUGGUGGAAACCUUCCAGGCGCGGUACGUGUCCCUCCACGUGCGCGUGUCCAACGUCGCCGCCCGCCACCUGUACGAAGUCACGCUGCGGUUCAGGAACGAGAAGACGGAGCAAAAGUACUACGCUGACGGCGAGGACGCCAUCUGCAUGCGCCUCGACCUCGACGACGUCCGGGACGCGGAGCCCAACGGGGGCGGCGGGGACGGGGCGCCCGACCACGCCGACACCCACGCCGACGAGGGCGAGCCCGUCGGCGACGUGGGCAGCGACCCGGCGAGGAGCAAGCGCGGCAAGGUCAAGGUCGCGGUGGGACGGGGCCUGGGCGUCGGCGCCCUGGUGGAAAAGAACGAGAGCAGGUAG